GUUUGUUCGUAAAUAGUCUUUAAUAACGAGGGUGAUAAUGUAAUUUUGCUUUAACUGCAUAAACCAGAGAGAACCAGCUGGUUCCAUGGCCGAUCUCAAAACCAGAGAGAGAGAAAGCAGGAAUCCAACGGAAAAUAGGACUAAUUCUUGUAUUCAGAUAAAUAAAAAUUAAGACAGCUUUUAUGAGCUCUCAACCGACUGGCUUUGUCUGUGUCUCUGAAAUCGUGUGUAAUCGGCUUUACAGUUGCUCAAUUUUUGAUUUUGAAUUCUGGGGUUGUUUCUGAAACUGGGGUUUGGAUUUGCUAUACAGAAAUAGAGAAGCAAGCAGUGUGGAAUUUCUUGCUGGGAAUUUUGGGAAUUUUCCAGCAAAUAUUGAAGAAGUAUUUGGUUUAACUGGAAGAAAAUUUAUGAGACAGAGACACCCAAGUCUGUAUUUUGGUUUUGGUUUCUGGAAUUCAAGGUUUUGAGAGGUUUUUAGGUUUUACAUUUUUUAAUGGAAUAGUUUGGUGUUAAAGAUUGUGGUGUUGUUUGAAUAACAAUAUCAAUGAAUAACAAUAAUCAGGCAAAGAAUGUUGGGCUACCAUCCCAUUUUGGGAAUUCGGGGGGUGUGCCACAAUCUAUGCCUGCGAACCACCAGACCACCCAUCUUCUCUCUCAGGCACAACCUCAAACACAAGGUGGGCCUCACUUUCCUGGUCAUUUUCAGUUGUCUGAGCCACAAGCUCAGGCACUUGCCCAGGCGCAAUAUGCUCAUGCCCAUGCUCAAGCACAAGCUCAUGCUGCUCAUGCUCAAUUCCAAGCUCAGUUGCAAGCUCAAGCGCAGUCUGCUGCCCAGAUGCAUAAUGUUAAUGCUAGUAAUGCUGGUGUUUCUUCACCUUCUGUGGCAACACCAGCCACAGGUAGUGCCAAGCGGACUAAUCAGAAGCCGCCUUCUCGACCACCAGGUGCAUCUAAUGCCAAUGCAGCUUCACCAUUUAAAACCAUGGAGCUGACGCCAGCUGCCCGUAGAAAGAAACGAAAGCUACCUGACAAGCAAAUACCAGAUAAAGUGGCCGCCCUUCUGCCUGAGUCUGCUCUUUAUACCCAGUUGCUUGAAUUUGAGGCUCGUGUAGAUUCUGCUUUGGCAAGGAAGAAGAUUGACAUUCAGGAGUCUCUUAAACACCCUGCUCAUGUUCAGAAAACACUGAGAAUUUAUGUCUUCAACACCUUUGCAAACCAGACUCAGACGAGUCCUGAGAAUAAGAAUGCAGAAGCCCCAACUUGGUCACUUAAGAUAAUUGGGAGGUUAUUGGAGGAUGGAAGAGACCCUGUGGUUGCUGGGACAACACAGAAAUUUAGCACGAAGUUCUCAUCUUUUUUCAAGAAAAUUACCAUAUACUUAGACCAGAACCUCUAUCCAGAUAACCAUGUAAUUUUGUGGGAAAGUUCUCGCUCCCCUGUUCUGCAUGAUGGCUUUGAGGUGAAGAGGAAAGGAGAUAAGGAGUUUUCUGCAAUGAUAAGACUUGAGAUGAAUUAUGUGCCCGAGAAAUUUAAACUUUCACCGGCACUUAGUGAAGUUCUUGGAAUUGAGAUCGAGACCCGAGCAAGAAUCAUAGCUGCAAUUUGGCAUUAUGUGAAGGCUAGGAAGUUACAAACCCAUAAUGACCCUUGUAUCUUUAUGUGUGAUCCGCCUCUUCAAAAAGUUUUUGGCGAGGAGAAAAUGAAAUUUUCCAUGGUUUCUCAAAAGAUAUCACAACAUUUGAUUCCACCACAACCUAUACAUUUGGAGCACAAAAUAAAGCUUUCAGGAAAUUGCCCAGCUGGAACUACUUGCUACGAUUUACUGGUUGAUGUGCCUUUACCUCUAGAUAAGGAAAUGUCUGCAUUCCUAGCAAGUACUGAGAGGAACAAAGAGGUUGAUGCUUGUGAUGAAUUGAUCUGUGCUUCCAUAAAGAAGAUCUAUGAGCAUCGUCGGCGACGGGCUUUCUUUCUUGGGUUUAGUCAGUCUCCAGCAGAGUUUAUUAACACAUUAAUCUCUUCUCAGAGUAAGGAUUUGAAGCUUGUUGCUGGAGAUGCAAGUAGGAAUACGGAAAAGGAACGUCGAUCUGAUUUCUAUAAUCAACCCUGGGUUGAAGAUGCAGUUAUUCGUUACCUGAACCGAAAAUCUGCUGGAAGCGACGCCCCUGGAAGCAAUUGAAUUAAAGAUUAUUAAAUGUCUGCAGCUGGUAGGUCUGUACUAAUACCUCCAAAUCUCUGGUUUAUUUGGUUCAUGUGAAUGGUUAUGGUAUUGGAGACAGCGCCGCCCAAACAAACCAAAAAAAAAAAAGAACUCGGAUACUUCAUAGGAAAAUGUGUUUGUUUAACUUUGUAGAAGAAAAUUUUGUGUUGAACUCAUAUCUGUUGGAUUCACCGUGAGACAUGAUCUCUGAGGGAGAAAUGUUCAUUUACUAAUUUCUCUGCUCAGUGCUACAAACCUGGAUUGGUAAUUUUUUUUUUUUUUUUUUGGUUUUAAUUUUAUCUUUUGGAUGAAUGCUAUUAAAUUAUUAGUAGCAAUAAUUUAAAAUCACAUGUAUGUUGACAUCUAGAUUGAUGGUUUGGAUGAAGCUCACAUUUUAGCCAAUCCAGCUGUGGCCCUUAGGGAUGAUAUAUGUAGAUGCCAGUUCAUUA